GCCGACCUCCAGCCUUGGAGGAAGUCCAACGGCAGGAUGGGAGGGUCGCGCCUGCGCCAGGGCGCCGCCGAGUAGCCGUUGUUGGCGGGGGCGCCCGCUGGCCUCGGUCGUUCAAGGCUGGUUCUUCACCUAGGUCUGACUGAAGAGCCCCGACUCUCCUCCCACCCUAAGACGAGAAAAGACUGGGAGAAAGAGCCGGCGGAACCAGCGAAACGUCUCCGAGCCGCCCGCCGCGCGCCCGGCCCGGCAGAUUAAGGAAAACCUAUAUCCUGCUUCUUUCUGUAAGCAGCAUCUAGUUGUGCAGGAGAUCAGUCAUGCAGCCGCCGCCGCAGGCAGCCCCAUCAGGCAUGGUUGGGCCACCUCCAGCUGGGACUCCUCAGACCAUGUUCUGGUCCAACAGACCGUACAGGAGACAGGCAAAUAAUAACGCACCCGGAACUCCGAUCACCUGCCCGCUGCAGCCCGUGACGGAUCCGUUUGCUUUUAGUAGACAGGCGCUACAAAGUACAUCGCUGGGCAGUUCGUCCAAAAGCAGCCCACCCCUUCCGCAAGGCCCGGCCCCACCAGCGUUCCUUCAGCACCCUGGUCUGCCUGCGGCUCACACGAAUGCCGGGGAUACCCCCCAAGGACCGAUGUCGCAGCCCAGAGCAGAUGGCAGUCUGUUUCCCAGCGUGCUGACCCCUUUGGCACCAUCGGAUCCCGAGGGGAACAGGAGUGCCGCGGUGGCUCCCAGCUCAGAACCUGAAGCUCAGACUCUGCCACAUCCUCAGUACGUUCCAGGAGUGGGUGCGGACAGUCCUCAUGGGGGCCGUCCACACAUGAACACGCUUGGGCCCGAUAGGCCCUUGAGUAGGCAGAGCCCACACGACAGUGCCACGGCAUCAGCACCAUCCCCGUUCUUCCCUCAGCCUCGUCAGCAAAUGCCAGGGCACUGGGGACCAGGGCAGGGAGGCGCACAACCCUCAGGUCAACAUUAUUGGCCCCGCCCAGAAGGACCUGUACAGAGCGCGCUGCCCCACGCCUCCAGCGUUUCUCACUUCCCUGCUCCGUCUACCCUGCAUCAUGGUCCCAGCCACGAGCAGCUCAACCCGCUGGUGUCUUUGCCAGGACCCUUAGCCAGUGAUGGAAGCAACGAGGCGGCCUGCCUGCAAAGUGGAAACCGUUCAGCAAAUAACUUUGAUCCUGAAAAUGUGUUCAGGCAAAAUUCUAAAGCUGGGAAUACUCGGGCAAGCCAGGAGCUCAGGCCAAAUCCAGGAGUGAACAAAGAGCAGUUGCCGGACCUUGCUCUCAGUAAUCCCCUCACUCAGGGUAAUAGCCCAGAAAGCCAUUUGCACUGCCCCCCAGGGGCCGGGACCAGUCAAGCCUUGUCAGAAGCAGACUCCGGGGCGCUCUCCAUGUUUUUCCAAGGAGGGGAGACAGAAAAUGAGGAGAACCUCUCAUCCGAAAACCCCGGCUCUGCUGGUCGGUCUGACUUCGGUGGCUUCUCCCCCAGCCCCGCACUUGGUCACCCUCCUGCACACGUGGGAGCCGGCGGCAUCUACCAGGCCUUUCCCAGAGGUUCUAACAGCGAGGCCACGCAGCAGGGAGGACACCCGCAACCUUACUUUUAUCAGACCGCAGGCGCCCCGCCUGACCACCCCACCGCGGCAAGUGCUCCCGCGACCACGUGGGGUGGCGCACCCGGCGCAGGGGUGCACGCGGCCAGCAGCUCGCAGUCUGAGAACAUGGAAGACCUUGAAUUCAUUCAGAAUCAGGAAGUUCUGCCAAGUGAGCCUCAGAGUUUGGACCUUUCCUCCCCCAGCGAUCAGGUCAGAUAUGGGCCCCUGCCUGGGCCAGCCGUUCCCAGGCUCGGCGUUGUGGGCCACUCUGGGGGUGGGGGCCCAAAUCUCGAGGCCCCAGAUUCAGCACCGCACCCCGUGCGGUCUGACAGUGUGUCAUCCGGUUACAGCGGCAAGAGCCACAGGAAUCUCCCAAGUGUAGCCAGGCCCCAAGAUGUAGGCACUUUCAUUCAGCAAGAAGUUGGAAAACCUGAAGAUGAGUCUCCAGGGAGUUUUUUUAAGCAAAUUGAUUCUUCUCCUGUGGGAGGAGAGACAGACGAGACCACUGUGAACCAGAGUCCCCAUGGCAGCCUGUCCCAGCCCUCAACCCCAAGCCCGCCAAAACCCACUGGAAUUUUUCAGACAAGUGCAAAUAGUUCUUUUGAACCAGUGAAAUCCCACUUAGUCGGAGUCAAACCCAUCGAGGCCGAUCGCGCCAACAUGGUGGGUGAGGUGAGAGGGGCCAUUGCCCACCAGAAGCAGCGCAGACCCGCUGCUGCCCCGCCUGACGCCUCCCCCGGCAACCUGGAGCAGCCCCCGGACAACAUGGAGACCCUGUUCGCGCUCCAGGCCUGUCCUCCCCCCUUUUCCGUAUCUGCGGAGCCGGGGCACGGGCUUGUGCACACCGGGGGACCACCCCUGGAAAUUCUGCCCCUGGCAGCCGAGAAAAGGCCUUUGGCCAGAGCCCAGGGGGUUGUGAAGUGUGAGAGCCCAGUGACGACGUUGUGGGCGCAGAACGAGUUGCCAGAUUUUGGAGGCAACGUCCUUCUAGCUCCAGCUGCUCCUGCGCUGCACGUGCCUGUGAAACCGCAGCCAUCGGAAGUGAUUCAGCCUCCGGAUGAGGGCGUGUCCGCUCCGCAGUCCCGGCAGCCGGGCUCCAGCCUUCUGCAGAGUGGGGACAGCACUGGUGCUUCUGAGAACCUCGAGAACCCUCCCAAGAUGGGAGAAGAGGAGGCCCUCCCGUCCCAGGCAAGUUCUGGCUAUGCCAGUCUCUUAUCCUCGCCACCCACUGAAUCUUUGCAGAACCCACCAGUCUUGAUUGCCCAGCCCGAUCGAAGCUAUAAUUUGGCUCAGCCCAUUAAUUUUUCUGUGUCCUUACCGAGUCCUAAUGAGAAGAAUCAGCCCCGGAGAGAUGCUUUGGUCGGGGAUAAACCCUCAGCAAGCAGCUGGGCUCUGGGGAGGGACUCUGGAGACAGCGCCCCUGUGUCUGGGAGCACAGCCGGCCCUCUCACCCGCUCGCCUUUGCCCAACAAUUUUGCGCACAGUGGUUUUCCUCAAGUUCCUGGUACUUCAGAAAUAGUUUCUAAUCAACCUGCUGCUUUGCUGGUUCAGCCACCACCUCAUCCAGUUCCAAAGGACCUGGUUUCAGAAAGCCAAAAUACUGACAACGCAGAGAACGGCCUUCCCGAGUUGGUUAGUGGCCCUGCUGGAAGCACAGGCGUGACGUUGGUGCCGCCUGCGAACGCUGCCGCGGCACCCGCUGGUCAUAAGGCAGAUCGCUCCAGUCAUCGGGAAGAAACUUCUGGAGCCCUAGACUUCACACUCAGUAGGACUUUGGAAAGUCCUCUAAGAAUGUAUAGCCCACCCCGUGCUGAUGGCUCCGCGUGUCAGCACGCCGCCAGCAGUCAUCCGAGGCCGCCUGGGCCCGGGCCGCGUAACUCAGACCAUUUCUAUCAACAGGUGAUGAAAGAUACUCAGGACCAGCGUGGCCUCGAGAGAGCCCAGCAGGAGCCAGCACCGCCUCCCCCACGAGGGCCCAAACCGACAUGUUCGGAACCUUCAGACCCGGGAAGUCCACCUGUGCAGGGACAGCCCCCAAACUCGGUCCCACCACCCCCAAGUCCAGCUCCGGCUGACACAGGUCAGCCGCUGCCACCCCGGCCGCCUCGGUCUUCCAGCGCCUCAGUCGCGUCCGCCAGCUCGAGUCAGGCAGCCGUGCGGUCAGACCAGCACUGGCUGCAGCCGCCGCCUCCAGAUUUGGCGUCUUACUACUAUUACAGACCACUGUACGAUGGCUACCAGUCCCAUUACCCCUCACCGUACCCGCUGGAGCCUGGCGCGGCCCCCCUCUAUUACCAGCAGGAUGUCUACGGCCUGUAUGAGCCCAGGUACAGGUCCUACGACAGCACGGCGUCUGCCUAUGCUGAGAACUACCGCUACUCCGAGCCUGAGCGACCCAGCUCCCGAGCAAGUCACUGCUCAGACCGGCCGCCUGCCAGGCAAGGGUACCCCGAAGGUUACUACGACUCCAAAAGCGGAUGGAGCAGCCAGAGUGACCACUAUGCAGACUACUACUCUGGCCAGUACGAGUAUGCAGACCCAGGUCGCUGGGACCGGUACCACUAUGGUUCCAGAUUCAGGGAUCCCCGCACCUGUGACCGGAGGUAUUGGUAUGAUGCUGGAUACGAUGCGUACAGGAAAGAGAACUAUGCUUACGGCGACAGCAGGUCCGAGAGGUACGAUGACCCCUGGAGGUACGACCCUCGCUUCACGGGCAGUUUUGACGACGACCCCGAGCCCCACAGGGAUCCUUACGGGGAAGAGGCGGACAGGCACAGCGUGCACAGCGAGCGCUCAGCCCAGAGUCUGCACAGUAGCUUCAGCUCCCACUCACGUCAGAGUCAGAUUUACAGAAAUCACAGUGUGGCUGCCGCUCCCUAUGAGGCCCUGCCUCCUCCCGGCUCCUUGCCUGGUGGUUAUGCCUACGGCGCCUACGGUAGUAAUUUUGGCAGUGGCCAGGGCUUCCCGGAGUACGGCUUCGCUGCCGAAGUGGGCUGGCCCACCACGGAGCAAGCUCCGUCGAGACCAACUUCUCCGGAGAAGUUCUCAGUGCCUCAUGUCUGUGCCAGGUUUGGGCCUGGGGGUCAGCUCAUCAAAGUGAUCCCAAAUCUGCCCUCGGAAGGACAGCCUGCACUGGUUGAAAUUCACAGCAUGGAGACCUUGCUGCAGCACACGCCGGAGCAGGAGGAGCUGCGCUCGUUCCCGGGCCCGCUCGGCAAGGAUGACACCCAUAAAGCGGAUGUUAUUAAUUUCGCACAGAGCAAAGCUACAAACUGUUUGCAGAACCAGAGUUUAAUUGACAAAGAGUCUGCGAGUCUCCUUUGGAAUUUCAUUGUUCUCUUGUGCAGACAGAACGGGACCGUGGUGGGAACAGACCUCGCCGAGCUUUUGUUACGAGACCACAAAACCGUGUGGCUUCCCGGGAAGUCACCCAACGAGGCCAACCUGAUUGAUUUUACUAAUGAGGCUGUGGAGCAGGUAGAGGAGGAGGAGUCCGGGGAGGCCCAGCUCUCGUUCCUCACCGACAACCAGGCUGCUGGCAGCAAUACCCUCGAGAAGGAGACGGAGAGGUUCCGGGAGCUGUUGCUGUACGGCCGCAAGAAAGACGCUUUAGAGUCUGCGAUGAAAAACGCCUUAUGGGGUCAUGCUCUGCUGCUUGCAAGUAAGAUGGACAGCCGGACACACGCCCGCGUUAUGACCAGGUUCGCCAACAGUCUUCCAAUCAAUGACCCUUUGCAGACAGUGUACCAGCUGAUGUCAGGGCGGAUGCCUGCUGCGUCCACGUGUUGUGGAGACGAGAAGUGGGGUGAUUGGAGGCCGCAUCUUGCUAUGGUUUUGUCCAAUCUGAGCAGCAAUGUGGAUGUGGAGUCCAGGGCGAUGGCCACCAUGGGCGACACUCUGGCUUCCAAAGGUCUCCUAGAUGCUGCGCACUUCUGCUACCUCAUGGCCCAGGUCGAAUUGGGGGUUUACACAAAGAAAACCACAAAACUUGUCUUAAUUGGAGCGAACCACAGUUUGCCGUUUUUAAAGUUUGCAACCAGUGAAGCUAUCCAGAGGACAGAAGCCUAUGAGUACGCGCGGUCUCUCGGGGCGCACCGCUGCUCCUUCCCCAGCUUCCAGGUGUUCAAGUUCAUCUACACCUGCCGCCUGGCUGAAAUGGGGCUGGCCACGCAGGCCUUCCACUACUGCGAGGUGAUCGCCAAGAGCGUCCUGCUGCAGCCGCACAAGCACUCACCCGUGCUCAUCAGCCAGCUGGUUCAGAUCGCGUCCCAGCUGCGGCUCUUCGACCCGCAGCUCCGAGAGCAGCCCGAGCAGGAGGCCUUCGUGGAGCCGGCCUGGUUGGUGCAGCUGCAGCGCGUGGACAGGCAGCUCAAGGAGGGUGCCACGGUGUGGAGUCGGGACAGGACCUUCCCCCAACGCUGUCCGAGCACCCCGAGCUCUGAGGCGGGCCCGUGUGAUGGGCCGGCACUCGGCCCGCCGGGGGGCCCGGGUGCCAGCAAUCCGCUGCUGGCGCCGCCUGUGCCCAGUGCUGAGCACCUCGGCCAGGGGGUGCGGCUGCUGCCUUCAGCUCCGCCGACGCUCCCCGACAGCCAGCCAGCCCUCCCCGCCAGGGUGCCGUUGUUCCCGGUGCCCCCAGCCACGGGCCCCCUUGAGCUGGGGCCCGGCUGUGGACCCCCGGCGGCUGCCUUUGGCUUUCCAGAGCCCUCUGGGCGUGAGCCUGCGGCUCUGUACACGGGGCCUGGCCUGUCCCCUUGCGCACCGUCUCUGCAGGAAAGUGAGCACGCGCCCCAGGAGACCGGGAGCCAGGACCCAGGGGCGAUGCUACCGGAGGCACUGGGUAGGAGCUCACUUCUGGAGCUGAGAGAAGAGGGUUUCGGUGGAAAAUUUACUAACCUGGUACUGGCCUACUUUUUUCCCCCAAGCUCUUUGUUUUACUUAAGUUGCGUUGAUUAGGAGCCCAGCCUUGCUGUUCUCCAGUUGUAACGGGAGAACCAGGAAGAGCGCGCAGCUGUGGCUCGUUGCUCCUCGGCCGGAGAGCCCUUGCUGCUCGCAGGGUCGCCGGGAAGGCCCGACGAGCUCGACCGCUUAGUGGCGCACGGACAGCCCCUCUCUGGAGGCUGCAU